AUGUUGCAUGAUCAUUCAAGACACUUGGGUUUUUCUUUGUUUUUUCAAAUUUAUUGCAGUGGUUGUGCUUUUAAAGAUACAUUUUUUUCUUCUCCUGUUGUCAAAAACAAUAAACCUGGUAUAAAUACUAGUGAAACUAAUGUUCGCAGUGUUAUGGCAUUCAGGGAGAUUGGCAGAGGCAGAGAUGCAAUGUUAACUUUUACCUCCAUAAUGAACAUGCCACCACCUUUAUCAAAACCUAGUUUUGACUGUAUUAAUAGCAAACUUUACGAUGCUUAUAAAUCAGUCGCUGAGCAAAGUAUGAAAAAUGCUGCUAUGGAAGUUAGGAGAAUAACCUGGCAGCGAAGAGGAUAUUCUUCUUUAAACGGUGUUGUGGUAGCAACGUCUCACGACAACAACAAAGUAUUGGAUACUGUUACAUUAUCUAAGUUUUGUAAAGGAUGUCAAAUUUGGGAAGCAAAAAAAGGGACACUCAAAUAUGAGCAGUGAAAAGUUAAUCAUUCCUGCCAAGUAAACCACACUAAAUCAGCUGGUGCGAUGGAGUCAGCUGGUGCAACAGAAAUAUUUUGCUCUUCAGUAAAUAAAUAUAACAUUCGCUAUUCUAAAUAUCUCGGAGAUGGAGACACUACCUCGUUUAGCACAGUUAUUGCACAAAAACCUUAUGGUGAUGACCUUGUUCCAAUAAAACUAGAAUGUAUUGGGCAUUACCAGAAGCGUACAGGGAAUCGACUGCGUCUUAAAAGAAAAGAAUUACGACGGGUAAAACUAUCUGACGGAAAAAGUAUAUCUGGUAAAGGUCGUCUCACGGAUAAAGUAAUUAACAUCU